AUGUCCGAGAAGUUGAGCGAAGAGGUUGGAGAAAGUGAGGAGAGCGCCGAGAAUCCCCCAAGUGUCCAUGGAGCGGCUCAUAUUUCGGAUUGGAAACGGAUUGGAGCCGAUUUGUACUUGAAUCGCUUCUCAGCCUUCGAUCUGAAUACAAUAAUAUUGUUGAGCGAAAGUGACGUGACAACCGUAACCCCGAGAAAAGUGGCU